AUGGCGUCUGCAUCAUUUUCAACAUGCACCGCUGGUGAUCCAAAGUUCUGGCCGGCCUACAUCAGGCACUUUGUCCUUUUCAACAUUUGUAUCUUCGUGUUCCUGGGAAACAUGUAUACUGCGGGCAUUGCGACAGGGUUCCCAUCCCUGGCCAUGGAAUUCCACGUCGACUUCUCCAAGCUGCAAGACCAAAUAUCGUAUCCCGUCCUCGCCCUGGGUGUCGGUAAUAUCAUCUGGACACCGACAGCUGUCUGCCUCGGAAAGCGACCCGUUAUCCUCGUCUCGACUGCUCUCUUUCUCGCAUGCACGAUCUGGAGUAUCAAAGCGAAGACCAUUGACAGCCUUCUGGCAUCCAGAGUCAUUGCUUGCUUCGGUGCCGGUAGCAUCGAGUCCAUCGGCCCUGCCAUGAUUGCAGACAUGUACCGCGAACGAUACUUUGCAACAGCUAUGGCAUUGUUCUCCCUCUUCCUGUCCGGAGGAUCGCAAGUCGGACCCAUGAUCGCAGGAUUCCUCAUCACCGAUAAGGGGUGGAGAUGGUUCUUCAUCCUCUGUGCAAUCAUCACUGCCGCCAACUUGGCCAUGAUGAUUGUCUUCCUUCCCGAGACAAAUUAUCGACGCGUUCUUUAUGACGGAGAAACAGCGCAAGAGGCCGACAAGCAAGCGGACGAAAUGAUACAACAUGUUGAGAAAGGACAAGUGACCACAGUCGGAACUGCGGACACGCAGCUUAAUCGCCCUUAUGCCGGAUCAUAUUGGAAAGACCUGGUGGCGUUCAAAGGCCGUGGAACUGAAGAAAGGGGAUUGUUGGCGCUUGGCCUCGCCAAUUCUCGCUUCCAUUCCGAUUUAUCCUUGUCCCCCAUGCACUCUUCGCUGCAGUCUCUUACGGUGUCAUGCUCUCUGGUGUCGUUAUGA